UCUCACACUUCAACAUGCUAUGUAAGGAAAGACGGCUAAAAGGAAAUCUUGCAGGGAAUUUUCUCCCUUUGAACUUUCAAGUAAACUCUUAAGUAAGAUUAUGCAAACUUACUAAAGACCGGUCCUGAUUAGAGGGAAAAAAUGCACCCCUUCUCCAAGUCAGUUCUGGAGGCUUUCUCCAGAGUUGUUAAGGUUUGUGUUGGGUAAAGAAAGACCUCCUAACAAACCAGCAUUCUUUUCCACAUGAUCAGAGCUAAUUGGCCCCCCUGCAGACUAAGUGACCAAUCACAUCAGCUUCAGCUGAAACCAGCCCCCACAACAUUAUAAACAGAGGAAUGUGAACUGUAAACCCAGUCCAAGAAGAGAACCUACAAACUAGACUUGUAGAUUAAAAUUACCUCAUCGCAAAGACAGAUUCUACAAGCUUCCUCAAGACCCACCUGCACAAAUAGGCUGACCCAGCAAAAGAACUGAGAAUUAGAGCCUGAGAUGGAUGGCAGUAAUUGCAAAGUUAUUGCUCCUCUCCUAACUCAGAGAUACCGGAGGAUGGUCACAAAAGACGGCCAUAGCACACUUCAAAUGGAUGGCGCACAAAGAGGCCUUGCCUAUCUUCGAGAUGCUUGGGGGAUCCUAAUGGACAUGCGCUGGCGAUGGAUGAUGUUGGUCUUUUCUGCUUCUUUUGUUGUCCACUGGCUUGUCUUUGCAGUGCUGUGGUAUGUGCUAGCUGAGAUGAAUGGUGAUCUGGAGCUAGACCAUGACUCCCCACCUGAAAAUCACACUAUCUGUGUCAAGUACAUCACCAGUUUCACAGCUGCAUUCUCCUUCUCCUUGGAGACACAACUCACAAUUGGUUAUGGUACCAUGUUCCCCAGUGGUGACUGUCCGAGUGCAAUCGCUCUACUUGCCAUACAAAUGCUUCUUGGCCUCAUGCUAGAGGCAUUUAUCACAGGUGCCUUUGUGGCGAAGAUUGCCCGGCCAAAAAAUCGAGCUUUCUCAAUUCGCUUUACUGACUUAGCAGUAGUAGCUCACAUAGAUGGCAAACCUAAUCUUAUUUUCCAAGUGGCCAACACUCGACCUAGCCCUCUAACCAGUGUCCGGGUCUCAGCUAUACUCUAUCAGGAAAGAGAAAAUGGCGAGCUCUACCAGACCAGCGUGGACUUCCACUUGGAUGGCAUCAGUUCUGAGGAAUGCCCAUUCUUUAUCUUCCCACUAACCUACUAUCACUCCAUCAUACCAUCGAGUCCUCUGGCUACUCUGCUCCAGCGUGAGAAUCCUCCCCACUUUGAAUUAGUUGUGUUCCUGUCAGCAAUGCAGGAGGGCACUGGGGAAAUAUGCCAGAGGAGGACAUCCUACCUACCUUCAGAAAUCAUGUUACAUCACUGUUUCGCAUCCCUGCUGACCCGAGGUCCCAAAGGUGAAUAUCAAAUCAAGAUGGAGAAUUUUGACAAGACUGUCCCUGAACUUCCAACGCCUCUGGUUUCUAAAAGCCCAAACAGGACUGACCUGGACAUCCAUAUCAAUGGACAAAGCAUUGACAAUUUUCAGAUCUCUGAAACAGGACUGACAGAGUAAGAUGUAUCCAUGACCCCUACUCUCUAAUAUAUUAAACAUGCCCAGGCAGUCAUGCAGCUACUUC